ACACAACCACAACCUCCCCCUCCAGCGCGGCUCUCCCCGCGCGCACCACGUGUGCCACCCCUCUCACCCCACGCUCGCUCUCCAUCUCCGCUCUCGUUGCUCGGCCAGAGAGACUCUCGAGGCCAGCCCAAGCGCAACACGUGACCCACGCCUCUUUCCUGGCUCUCGCGCGCGCCCUGCACAUCCAACACCUGCGCGCUCAGCUGCUUCCACAGCGACAGCGGGCCUGCCCAGCGCUUUUCUCAGCCGAGACUCCGACCUUUCUCUCCUUUACGCGCGUCGGGCCAGCCGUCUUUUUUGCGCAACACGCACGAAACGCCAUGGUCUUCUUCUACGUCCUCUUUCUCGCUCCCAUCGUGCUCUACCUGCUCUCUCGGCGUCUGCGGCUCGCCUCUUCGCCCGCGCGUGCGCGCGCAUACGACCCCAAGACCGGCCUCGGCCGUGGCGCUCCGGGUUUCCAGACCAACGUGGCGCGCGUCGCCGUGCCGGCGCACAUCGUGGCGCGCAUCCGCGCCGGCGAGGAGGUGUCGGCAGAGGAGAUUACACGCGCGCAGGAUGAGGCGCGAAGGAUGAGGGAGAAGCAGCAGCAGGGAGAAGAGGAGGAGGAGGAGCAGAAGAAGGGAGGGAAGAGGAGGAAGGGAAAGAAGUGAGCAAUGCGGAGAGAAGUUUGCAUGGCAUGGUGUGUGAGAUGGGUCGACAAUGCACUCCCGGACAGACAGAGGAGGAUGAUGUGUCGCUCGCACGCUUGGAUGUCACUCUCGCUCCGGCAUAUUCUGCAUCGAGCCCGCAACGUGCGCGGCGGUGCGAACCAUGCCCCGGUGUUUGCAUCGGGGCCGCGCGCCGCGGGAGUUUGGCUUUACUUGUUGAUCAGCCAGGAAAUCCACACACACACACACACACACACUCUCUCUCUCUCUCUC